GCAUUCACUUCAAAGUUGUGAAUAACAGAAGUCCAAAGAUUAAAUUAAUCAAAAAAAUGUCAAAGUGGGAAAGUAACGAAGAGAUUCAAUUAUUUCGAGAAUAUUUGCGUAUUCCUAGUGUUCAACCAAAUGUGGAUUAUGAACCGUGUGUGUCAUUUCUAAAGAAACAAGCAGCAGCUUUGAAUCUACCCAUAUCAGUGUGUUUUCCCGGCAACGAAAAGUGUCCGGUCAUUAUUAUGUCAUGGAAGGGAUUAAAUUCAGAUCUUCCAUCAAUAAUGUUAAAUUCCCAUAUGGAUGUAGUGCCCGUUGAUGAAAAUCGCUGGACACAUCCACCAUUUGCAGCCGAUAUCGAUGAAAAUGGAAGAAUUUUCGGUCGUGGCACACAAGAUAUGAAAUCCAUUGGAAUGUUGUACUUAGCUGCCAUUCGGGCAUUGAAAAGAGAUGGAAAACAACUAAAACGAACAAUUCACGUAACAUUCGUGCCAGACGAAGAGAUCGGAAGUGAAUUUGGAAUGAAGGCUUUUGUAAAAUCGAAUGAAUUUAAAGCGCUUAAUGUUGGCUUUGUUCUGGAUGAGUCGUGUGCUUAUCCAUUGAAUAAAGUUCUUGUUUUUUAUGCGGAACGUCGACAAUUGGCAAUUGAAUUGAUUUGUGAAGGUCAAGCUGGCCACGGUGCAUUUAUACAAGAGAAUACGCCGGGUGAAAAAGUUCAAUACAUGAUCAAUAAAUUGAUGGGAUUGCGGAAAAGUGAAGCGGAUAGAUUGAAACAAAAUCCCGAAUUGAAACCGGGCGAUGUGACAGCAAUAAAUUUAACCAUUUUAAAGGGUGGACAGCAAAUAAAUGUGGUGCCCAAUGAAAUGAGCAUUUCGUUUGAUAUUCGUUUGGCCAUCGAUGUAAAUCACAAUGAUUUUGAAGAACAGUUGCAGCAAUGGUGUGACGAAGCUGGAGGGGGCAUAACAAUAAAAAUAUUGUUGAAUGAUCCAGAAGCAUCGAUCACAAAAAUUGAUCACACCAAUCCCUAUUGGGUGGCAUUCGAAAGUGCUAUGAAGGAUUUAAAUUUGGAUUUUGAAACGAUCGUUUGUCCGGGAUGUACUGACGCUAGGUAUCUCAGGCAGUUGAAUUUGCCGGCUCUUGGGUUCACACCAUUGCCAAAUACACCAAUCAAACUACAUGAUAAUGACGAGUUCGUCGAUGCCGAUGUUUAUUUGAAUGGCAUCAACGUUUACAUGAAGAUGAUGUUGUUCAAACUACAAACACCAAUGUCGUGGCGAUCUAGAGUGGACAUUUUGUCAACAAAAAAUGCGUGUUAUUGUUGUUGUCGUUUCAUUACUCUGGCGACGCAUAAACAAUUUCACAAUUUUACAUCGUUUUACACCAUUCACAUUUUACUUACAUCGAAUGAAAUGUAAAUCAACGGCGGCUUCUGUCGGGGUGGUGAUGGUGGUUCCUUUUCCAAAAUCAUAGUUUGAUGCAAUCUUGCAUAAUGCCCUCGCGGAUGACGCCGCUUGAAAUUGAAGAACAUUUAAAAAAAUAAAAAUGUGAUUUGUUUCGAUUGCAAAGAAAAUAUGAUCGUGGCAGGCGCUUUUUUGGCCAUAUAAUUACGUGAGAUUGUGAAAUUAUUUUAAAAUAUUGAAAUUAACAAAUAAAAUGUGAAUAAACAUGUUUGUCAUCAAUA